GCAGUGCACUUGGAAAAGGGUGCGGGUAUAAAUAGCGUCGCGACGUCUACUUCGGCAAGAGGACUCGGCAAGCGUUAUGGCAGCAACUCAACUGCGUAUUCUAGGCCUACUUGUCUCGUUUGGCAUACUCCUUUCUGUUCAGGUUAGAGGAGAUGCCGAUGCUGCAUUGGAGAAACGUGCAGUGCCAGUGAAGAGGUAUGUUGCAUCACUGGCCAAAAGUGGAGAGCUGUCGUCGUUUACGCGACCGGCAUGGAACAAGAAGCUGCAGAGCUAUGAUGACGAGAGCAGCGAUGACAACGAUCAACAAAAACGAUACGUGGGCGCUCUGGCCAAGGCCGGUGACCUGAAGUCCAGGUUCAGAGAAGCCAAACGGGAUGACAUCGAGAAUUUGAUUGAACAGCUGCUGACUGCCGAAGAGUUGAGGCGGCUGAGGCGUGAAAUUCUUCGGGAGGAAUUGUUGCAGGAAGAGCGUGACGAGGAGGAGGCACUGGACGAAGAGAAGAGAUCUCUGGCAUCGCUAGCUCGCAGUGGCAGCAUGCCAUUCGCUGGAGAAGGAAAGCGAGGCAUCGCCAACUUGGCUAAGAAUGGAGACUUUCCCUGGUCGGGUAAGCGUGGAGGUAUUGCAUCUCUCAUGAGAAGCAGGCUCGAUCAGCUGAAGCGUAAUCGUGAUGAAGAUUAUGAUCUGGACAACUUUUUGGAUGAGUUGGCAAACGAGGAGGACGACGCUCCUUACAGAACAAUUGACAAACGCAAUCUCGCCUCUUUUGCACGAAGUGGAGGACUGUCCGGUCUCUCGUAUCGGAACGAGAAGAAGGAUGCAUAUGAGGACUGGGGUGGUGCAGACUAUGAGAAUAAGAGGAAUGUGCAAUCGUUGGCAAGGAAUCGUAUGUCCCCUCUGGUAGAAGGAAAACGAUAUGUAGGAGCAUUCUUGGCAAGUAAUGGACGUCCACCAUAUCUGAGCCGAGACCCUGAGUUUAAGAGAAACCAUGGAACAGGAUGGGCAUGGGGCUACAGGCGGCCUGAAUAUACAACAGCUCAGUCACUGAGAAGAGGACCCGAAGCUGACAGUACUGAUGAAGUAUUGGCAAAAAGGUAUGUAGCCGCACUGCUGCGACAGGGCAGACUGCCUGUUGGCAUCGACUCUUCAGCCGAGCAGGUCGAUCAGGAUGACAACGAACACAAUGAAGACGAAGAGGAAGCAGAGCAGGCUGAGGAAUUGAACAAGCGUCACAUCGGGUCACUCGCUGCUCAUAAGAGCUUUGCCAUGCGUAAGAAGAAGUCAGUGGACUUGAAAGAGCAAGCUCAAGAACAACUGAACAGUCAGGCGGACAAGAAAGUAGAUACUGGAUCCAAUAGGAGCAAGCGCGACGUUGCAUCAUCGCUGUCAUCCGAUGAGUACACCAUGCCAGUCCUGCAGAACACUGUCAACAGCGACUAUGAAGAUAUUGUAUCAAAGGCUACAGGUGAUGGACCUUCAGCAAGGAACAAACGCUACUUUGGUGCCCUGGCCAGAAACGGGUGGCUACCGUCUGGCUACUACUCGAGCAAGGGUACGUCGAAGCGGCACAUCGGAGCCCUGGCCCGGCUCGGCUGGCUCCCUUCCUUCCGCAGUGCCCGCUCCUUCAACCGCUACGGACGCCACGCAAGAUCGCCCUGCAAGAGAUCGAGCGGUGAGGGGUGGGGGGAAGAUACCUGGGGGCAGACUGCCGCAGAUAGGAUCGUCGCGGCGUUCGCACAACCAGAACUCGGGCAGACGUCGUGGCCACUAAGCGACGACAGUCACCGCAAGGACAAGCGACUAUUCCUGCUGAAUGCACUCGACUACAUACUUCUCAGGCAAAUGCAUCAACCCCGCAAACACUAAACACUAGUCCCACUCCCACACCGCAAACAGCCAACAACCUACACGACAAAUCGUGUAGUCGCUUUUGUUGACAUCUAUUUAUUGCCAUCUAUUGUUGCCAUCAAACCUCUCGUGAAGUGACUCCUGGGAAGAGGACUUGACAAGUACAAAUCAAUCAAGUCAUAAUGUCGAUGACUGACAAUAUAAAAUUCAAAACUCAAUAUAUAAAAAUACAGAUCAAGAAAUUGAAUUCGAUAAUUAACAACAUUAUAAUAUAGUUUUCAAGAUGAAAACUAAGUAUGAUAAGACGUACUAAAACAUUGGAAAAUAAUAAUUAUAAUACCAGUAUAGGUUAGAUUAUUAUACUCAACAAGUUGGGUAAUGGAUCACAUUUCCAACAUACUAAUAAUAUUGAGUGACAUGGCUGGCUCAGAAUUUUCAGGUCACACGUGAUCAAUUUCAGGGCCUCUGACAUGACCUAACGAGCGUUAUUAGGCAGCCGGGAACGAUCCCGGUCGUGUCCAUCCGAAAGACGAGUUCCCUUUAUUCCCGAAAAUUGAGGCAAAGAUAGCCUACUCAACAAGAAAAUCGAUAGAGACUCAAUAGAAAAAAAUAUUACCGAUAAAAUUUAAUGAAAUAAAAAUAUUUAAUAAUUAUUAUUUUAACAAUAUCAUUGCACAAGGACGUCAAAAUAAAUUAUAUAAUCAUUGAUUAGAGUGGAAUCAAUAUUCACUCUAUAUUAUUGAAAAUGUCGAAAGACAUAACAAAAAUGGAAAUUCAGAUUAGUCAAAUAUUAUCUUUUUCUUAGAAAGGGCUAAUAAAAAACCUUUCAACUAAAAAUAUUAUAUAAAUUCCAUGAAUACUAACACUAGUUAACACCAGUCGAAUUUAAAAAAGAGAAUAAUAUUCCUCGGAACUCUAUAGCUCAUCAUUUUAAUGUUAUUUUUAAGAAAAUAUAUUAUACUAACACUGAUAAUACCGUAACGACAGUUUGAGCAAACAUUCAAAAAGUCCAUUUCAAUUAUCCUGUGAUAUUUUUGUUGAAGGUGUCGAUGUCCUCCACAAUAAGGAGAAGGAAAAGAGAUUUCUAAAAAAACAUCACAGAAUUUGAUUACACGCUGUCAGUCAUAGUCUAAAUCUAUUUCUUAUUUCAAAAUGGAAUUCACAUUAUAUUGUUGUAGAUAUUAUUCAAUUUCAUGCAUUGACAUUUAUUCAUAUCAUAUAAAUCCGACUAAAUAACAGAUUACAAAAUGUAAUAAGCAUAUCCGUAAUUUAAUGGCUCUAUAGUUGUCUACUGAAAUACGAUGAUAGAAAACAAAUGUAGGCUUAUCGCUUAAAACGGUAAAACACGCUCGAGAAAAUAAAUGUAGGCCUAAUUGGAAAUCCACUAAAUAGAAGCAAUACCGUAAAAUACCAAUACCAAUCAAUGAGAAUGUGGUAGGAUAAUGAGAGCAUUUAAAUUUGAAUUGAAUUCUAAAAUCUCAUAAAUUGGCAUGUGAUUUUUUUUAUUUAUAAUUUGUAUUUGAUUAAUUUGAAGAAUCAUAAUUUUUAUGUGAGGAAUGAUCAAGUUGUUAUUCUCAAGGAUGAGGAUCCAAACAACAUUUCAAUGCAACUCAUAUUUGAACAAGUCAAAUCGUUUUUUUUUUCAAUCACUCAAUCAUCUUUCCUAGUCAUUUCAGUAGAUUCUCAUUAGUUGUUAGUUGGUAGUGCACUGAACAAAACAAUACAAUAUGUAAAGUGUUCAGUGAGUGAAGUACGGUAAGUAUUCGACCAGAGGCGAUCAUGGAGGCUAUGAAGUGAUCACUUUCUUAAUAAUCUCCAAAGUAAAACAUCUUGAGAUUUCAAGUCUAAUAAUCAGAUCGUUGAUGAGCACUCAUUAUGACUUUUUCUAGAACUGGAUUAUACAAUAUACGCCAUCUAUAUAAUUCCCUAUAAUUGAGAGUUACCGUAUUAUGAAAAAUCUUUAUUUUUAAAGAACAAUAUAUU